AUGCAUAGUGAUCUGGUGUCCAAAAUCAUUGACUUCUCUUCUCAUCUGCAAACAAGUCUACAGCAGUCUCAGGGGCUCCUGCCAUACUUAUGCUCAGAUGUCUUGCCCCACGUAGCUUCCCUUCCACUUCCAUCCACGAAAUUUACGAAGAGCCAGAAGACGACCCUCAAGACUAAUGCAGUAGCAAUAUGGAAUUGCUGCAAUAUAAUCUUCACAAAAGAAGAGCCUGCUACGCUGUCAGGAAUUGCAAGAUUGCGGGGAUUUGCUUGUCUCCUGCUCAUUAGCAUCGGCACACAGAACAACAAGAAGUGUAUAGCGAAACUAUUUGAGAAUGCUCUCGUUGCGGCCAGAGAUUGCCUCCACACGGACAACAUUGGUCUGGCGGAAAAGCUGCUCGAGCACGUAAGUGGUAUGCAGACAGCUUUGCAUACAGACGAUGAGGCAGAAAAGCAGCAGCUUCGUGCUGGCAAAGUUGAGUACGUAUCUCUGCGAGUCUUGCUUCACUGGAGACACAACCGUUACGACCUUGCCAACCAUGCAUUGAUCGAGAUCAUUCCCGAUGUUCUGCAAUGCACAGACGAGGCUACUGUUGAAAAAGUUGCGGAUCUCUGCUACGAAAUCGGCAACGACUUUCUUUGUAAGGAGAAGCAUGAUGCUUACCACGCCGACUACGCAAUGGUGUGGCUAGAAUGGGCUCUCGACAUCGUUGAAAAAGGGAUGCAUGCAGCUUACUUUCGUGGCUCAGAUCUUCGCCUAAAUGUAUUGCAUCGCUAUGUACAAGCAUUAAAUGGUCGGUAUGCCACCAACAACAACAUCAAAGACAACGAUAGAGCGCUUGAGAUCGUCGAGCGACUUCGUGACGAAUAUGGGUUGAAGUUGUCGAUCCUCGUACUCGAUCUGGAAACAAGGUUCAGCCGCAACGAUUGUGAUCCAGACUGUGUUGUUCAAAGCAUCGAGGACAUCAUCAAAACGGUGUACUUGAUCGAGUCAAACCAUCGACUCAUACUAUAUUAUAUCCAGAAGCUCAGCGAGUUGCAACAUGCCAAGGCAAUGCUGUGCUUGAAGCACUACGUGUCACAUCGUCUCGUACCAGAGAAGCACAUCGAAUGGGCCGAAAGGGCGAUAGUCAGCUAUACGGGGCUUUUCGUCCAAUGUAGCGAGCGCAAUAGCUCAAAGGCCCUCCAUUUGCUUGAACAAGAUAUGGACUUCUUCUGUGAUACUCUUGCGCAUACUCUGAGUCCCAGUGCCGCCCGAGCAGCUCACGUCCUCAUUUGGCGGAUGAUACGUCAGACUGACGAUAACGGAUCAAUGUCCAUAUGUUUGCUCUGGUGUCGGCUAGGACUUCACAGACUAUUUGAAUUGGCUGGAGAAAGUGCAUGUGGAAAGCUCGAAAGACAGAUCGUUAGUUACCACUUGCUAGUCUCAAACCACAGUGCUGCACGACAGAUCCUCGAUCAAAUGUCGUUCGGCCAGAGAAGCAACAAGCAUAGCAGACUCUUGAUGUUCUGCCUUGCUAUGGCAUCGGGCAACGACGCCGAAGCACAGUCUUGUCUUAACACUAUUGUCAAUAGCCAAGGCGAGCAUGAUGAGUUACUCUUUGCGUGUGUGGGUGAGACAAUCAAGUAUGGAAGAAAACUUGACUCUGUGAGGUUAUUACAACGUAUUCUGGACAAGCAUAUGAAGUCGGCUGUACCAAGCGUUGAUGUUGGGGCUUUACUCGAGUACACAGCCAGUAUACUGAUCGAUAUUGCGGCACAGCCCACACCACCCGAGCGAGUGGCCGACGAGGUCCUGACCAGACUCUGCUGUACAUUCAAAAACGUUGCUAAAUUACGGGAGAGACAGUCACAACACAGUAACCGUCCAGAAGGCUCGGGCGAGAUGAACUGGUCAUAUUUCCAGCGCCAGAGUUUUGACCUAGCAAGGAAGCACGCGAAUACAUGGCCAGGACGGUAUGUGAUCGAUCUAUUGGAUUACACAGUCAAGCUGUGCUCACCUGAUAUUGAUGCAUUACCCGGUGCGGCUGUGUUCGACAGUCAUCGCAAGCAAAGGAGGGAUGCUAUCUUCAUGCAAGCAGUGCUUUACGCAUCAGAGGCAAGACAUGUGACGACUCAAUAUACAAUCGAAGACCUUCCUCAGACGUCCUUCGACAACCGCGGCAAGCCAAAGACGAGCGAAUGUCAGAUUACACUAUAUCAGCAUGUAUUCAACAGAUUCUGCACCCUAAAAGAACAAUAUCAGUCGUCGAGCUUGUCCAAAAUUGAGGACAAGAACCAUUUUCUGUCCCAGCUACACGUGCUGAUACCCUUGGCAUUCGAAGCACUUCUAUUCAUGACCGCAACUGCCUAUCUUUCGGACGACGCUGUCUUCGACGAGAUUAGCAUUGAACAGUUUCUAUCAGGUUGCGGUGAGCUCCAGCCACCAAUUGCAACUUACGCUCUUCUGGCUGAUAUCCUGCUGACAUUUGCAAGUGGUGAGGGCAAGUCUGUUACUCAGCUCAAUGGCUUGCAGGUACCUUCUCUAGCAGCUGCCAAAUUGCUUGGUAAUAUAAUCCAGGCACUGCGUAAAGUUAACCUUUAUGACCUCGAACAAGCCUCAAGGUGGGUUCGCUGCGUGGCACAAUUGAUAUUUGACGACAUUGAACAAACAAUGAAGAAGCACGAUUCGAGAGAGAGAUUGAAAUGUGAUCGAAGCCUCACGACGCUUGCUUCGGUGAUCGAGCAGGCCCAGGAAUUAGCAACAUUACAUGAACACAGCCGUGGUACAAACGAACCUGAUGCCAUGUCCAGCAAGAAACGCAAGAGGUCAAGUGAUAACACCUCUGGUUACCCGCCAGAAGAGCUACAAUGGCUGGUUUCAGAGGUUUUCAACAUGGCCGUCGACCUGCAUGCUUUGGGACAACAACACCUUGUCAGACAUUGGGCGAGUCAGGCUGUGAAUAUAGCGACAGUAUUGUCCAAAGAUUACACCGACACAGCAGCGGGUGGUUUGAUUGAACUGCUCCGACAGAAUAUCAAAGGAUUGAAAUGGGAUGUAGACUAUCAGCUUCACAUUUGA